GGGAACGAGCCGCGCUGCUGCGACAGGCGGAGUUGCGCCUGCACGGGGAAUUGAAAGAACAGGUGCUGAUGUCUACUACUGCCAGUGCAUGUGCGGGAGCUAGUUGUACUACUACGUGUAAAAAAGGAAAAGCCCGGCCGCAACCUGCACAGGAAACCGACGGUGCCGAAGUACUAGCUGCGCAGGAUACUACUAGUGACAUCAACACAGCAGAGGACGUCGACGCGGAGGAGCUACGUCUGAGAGUUCUUGCUGCAAAAGACUGCCACGAGGAGAACUUUAAAGGCUUCACAACGGAGCAGAGGAGGGAAAAAGACCAGGUGAACGCAAUAUGCAUUGCACAUAUAAUCCAUCUCGACUUGUCCUCUCUGGAACACUGCAACGUGUCGUGGUUAGCCUGCUUCGUACAAAGAUUUGUGUUGCGUGAUUCGUGUUGCGUGAAACAAAGUCGUCCCGCCUUUUGCAAAGUUGCGAGGCAGAUUCUCAUGCAAAAGAGGCAUGAUGAAGAGAAAGAUCUCGAGUCCCGGAUGAAUCUGUCAUGCUAUGCCAGACAUCAUGGGCCAACAUGAAAAUAAACCUGCAUGACAGAAGUCUGGCAAAAAUCAUUUUCCAGAACACCAGAUCGGUAACUAUUCCAUUUGUGAUACGCGACCAAGCAACGAAAAGUCAAGUCUGUGGGCGUGCCCUUCCUCCCCAUCUGGCGGUCCAUGCAGCACUACAAAAUGAAUCACCCCGUUUCGCUGCAAUCGGGCGAGCCCGCAUACUAUGCACUGCAAAACUAUCGUACCCGUAGUAGUUGCAGCCUCGCAUGACAAAUCUACUUUAGUAGCUGAAUCAGCAUAACGAAUUCCAUGUUUGUUUCUGAGAAAAUUUGUAAUGCAAUUCCUACUAGUAAGAUACUUUUGCAAUGCAUACAUACGUAGAGAGGAGAAGAAGUGGUUCAUCUCGCGGCACUGGGGUAGUUCAACAAAACUACCUGCAAGAAGAACAUUUCGCCGCCCACGGCUGCUUCGACCUGCCGCUCUCCCUUGAUGCGUAUCGCAAGAAAAAAUUGUUUCACUGUAAACUUGUAAUGCAGAAAAUGCAUCUUCUGAGAAGUAUUUUUCUUGCUACACAUGCAAGGCAAUGGAUUUUUAGCUGUGUUUUCCCUUAGGAAUCUCGCAUGGCAAAUUCUCUCUGUUAUGUAGAACAAACUUGUGAUGCAGAACUUGCAAAAUCCGUACAGUGAAGCACUACGAUAAUGCGGCCGUGUGCAGUACGAAAAACGGGUUUGUUUCUUGUGCUGAUAAAAAAACUUCUGUCCUGUCACAAGGUCUCGAACCGGGUCCGAGCCGUCCCAGCACCGCGACCGAUGAAAAUAUCGCGGAUUUGGUGGCCUGGGUUCUUAAUAGGAAAAAUAACAGCAGCAGCGGAGGGACUAGUGCCUCCUCUGUGUCUCCGUGCACCAGCGCAGCGUUGAACCUAUGCAUUGCAUCAAAAGUAUCGUACUUGUAAGUGAAUUGCACGACAAAUUUUGAUUUUCUCCGCAUCAAAGGUUGAACUUGCAAUGCUGAUUUCGCUGAUUGGUAAGAAGAUUUGUCAUGCAUGCGUGCAAUUGAUACAACGACUACGAUACCGCUUUGCACAUGCUGGGAUAACAUCUCGAGCUGUCGAAAUCUUGGGUUGCGAAGAUGAAGAAAGUGCGGCGGAGGCUGAAAAAGGAGUUUCGGGAGGACCGAUUAGCGGACAUCACCGAGAAUUUACAGCAGCUGAAGCUAGAAAUGAUUGGUACAGCAGGGUCGUCGGCCGUGAAGCCAAAAAAUGAUGAAGCCGACAAGCUCGAAGCUCCUGCGCCGGUCGUGCGUGCAUCAGUGCAGCACGAUGAAAACAAGAACUGCUCGCCGUUUUAUUUGCGCCAGUGCUUACAAAUGAUGAAGAAGCACGAGGACCAGCACAGCGUCCUAGCACGAUCGCUACAGCAGGGCCGCACCGUGGAGGGGGUCAAACAGGCACAACAGCUGGCACAACUUUGCGAUUUUUCCCGUCAGCAAUCCACCGAAACUACUGCCGGCGCUACCAGCCGGGAGGAGGAGAAUUUUUGCUAUACUACCACGGGAGAAGACGUAGAUCAUGAUGUCCUCUGGGCGUGUGCACCACCAGAUAAUUCUUCUGCUGCUCAACAUCCGGAUCAUGAUGUUCUUGCAACUGGCCGGGCGGCACGAAUGCUUUCCCCGUCUCCGCUAUCAAAAGGAAAAAUCCCCCCUCCCGAAAACGAAAUUUGUGAUGCUGUAUUUGAGUACACAAAUCGCUUUGCUAGAAGGCCAAGAGCCGCAGUUGUGGCCUCGUUUGCAGGCAAUUUGUCAUGCAGUUUCCCACUUCCAGCUGCCUCCUGUCAUGCUGAAGAUGCAAGGUCUUGUUCCCACGUCGCCCAGAACUACAGUCCGCAUGCUUUAUUUCCCUUCUAGCAUGACAAAGCUGAUUUGCCUUUGCGGCCACAAAUCAGCAUCACAGAAGAUUUCCGUUUUGAUAUGGGGAGGGGGGAUUUUUCAUUUUGAUAUCCGCCGCCUGACAGUGCUCCUGGGUCUGCUUGCGUGGACCACUGCAUGCAGCUCUCGUCUUGUAGUAGUCCAGGGUUUAGCGGACGAGCUCUUUUGCGGCAGGACGAUGAUACAACAUCCGAGAAGUACACCCGAGUCCUCGCCGUGGAAAAACUACUGUGUGCGGAACCAUGGGAGGACCACCACGACGAGCAAAGAAAGUCCUCGCUUUAUUUGCCAGAUGCGAAAGGGGAUGAAGCGGAGAUGGAUCAAGACAUUAACACGACCUCCUCUCCGAGCGCGGGCGGAAAUAGUACGCCUCACGCGAGUAUCCUGUGCAAAAGUAUCGUACUCGUAGUAAUCGCAAUUAUGCAUUUACAAAUCUACAUGUUAAGAUAAAUCAGCAUGACAAAUUCCAUUUGCGAUGCUGAGCUAAUUUCUAUUGCAAUACUACGAGUGCGAUAGUUUUGCAGUGCAUAGCGAGACUGAUCCAGGGCCAGCCGGGACAUUUUCUGUUAUCCAAAGGGGAAAAAAGUGCAGUGGAGGUUUCACGACCGUUAUUAAGUAAGUAGAUGUUGACACAUUUUGUUCGACUCACUUCAUAUAUAAGUAUGACAAGUCAGUCCACUCACCGUGUUGUAUUUAUUCCGACGAGACAAGAAGUAGUUCCGGCUCGCAGUGACACUGCAUGACAAGUUUGCGUCAAUGAGAAUACUGCACUUCUUUCCCUUCGCCAAGUUAUACCUUUGGGGCGAGGUGGAAAGAGUAGACUCGGGCAGCAGUAUAUGCAAGGAAAAAGUAGUGUUUCACUGUGAACUUGUGAUGCAGUCGUGAAUGAAACACAACCCUAUUUGUCUUGCUACACACCCAAGGCUUUUGAUUUCUAGCUGUGUUUUCCCUUGGGAAUCUCGCAUGGCAAAUUUUCUCUCUCAUGUGGAACAAACUUGUGAUGCAAAACUUGCAAAAUUCCUACAGUGAAACACUUUUUUCGUACGAUACAAAGAGGCGGACGAGGAUUCUACGGAUGAAGAAGUGCAUCCUCUACACGGGUUCUUUUAGCAGCUCUUUUUCAGUAGAGUCAGACGCACCUGCUGUACUUUUCAAAUUGUGUAAAGAGCAUAAGUCAUAAAACUUUCGUUUUGAAGAUGCCCCAGCUCCUGCGGGUCCACCAGGAAAGGGGUAGUUCAUGGAGAUGUUACAAUUAGGAAUACAAACGAAACAUCAGCGACACAACAUCUAUGGAAUUAUCUCUGCAAUUUGUUGAUACGCAAGCAGGAAUAGAAGAGUUAUAGAGAAGUAGUCUGCGCAAUCGCAAAGAGAGAUCUUCAAGAACCGCAGUUUUUAUGAUUCUUAAUGCACGCAUAGAGAAGAUCGGACGAACGAUAUAAUUUCAUAGAACGAAAUAAACGCAACCUCUAAAAACAUCAUGACUGUUUUAGACAUGUCCCACUUUUCUCUCAUUUGUCUCGCAACAAAUUUAUAGACAGACGGCUUUUUCUUGCACAUAUAUUGCACAACGAGGACUAGAUCAAGGGUUUGCCCGCUUCUGCAAAAAUGCACUCGGAAGUUGACGAAAGGUUGUGAUUUUAUACGCAACAGUACUAGUAUCUACUUAUCAGCGCAGGACUUCUAGAUAUUGGCUUCCGGAAAUUGUAGGCCGCGACGACAGAAAAAAAAUUAUCAGUCGGAGGUUUACGCUGGUGAAGCAGUACUUACGUAUACAGGUACCUGAAGAUGCACCUCCACAGUGGUCGAGUUGGAUUCGUUGGACCCAUUCUUCUCACCAGAGUAAGUAGUGUUACUCCCAGAAGGAGGCACUUCGGCGGAAAAAGUAUCAUGCAGAUCACGAGCACCACUCCAGACCACGACCUUAACGGCUAUUUUUAACGGGGCGAGUACAAGUUGUUGGUUCUAGUUCCAGAGGAGGUUUUGGAAAAUUAUACGUCUUUGCCGA